UGUCAUUCCAGAUGAUAUGGACCCUACUAUCACGGAUAUUAUCAAGCAAUGCUGGCAGACACAAAGGGAAUCCCAUUAUGUUCGUGGGUCUCGGGUGCUUGUUAAACCUUACCUGGAGAAGUUAAAGGUUAUUGAAAGGAAUUAUGCUGAUAGAAUUCAGUACUCUAUGUGUUACUCACCUCACCACAUAGACAUGGAUUCUGAAAUGAACUCAAUUCCAAGAAGUUGUGGGAAUGCUAAAUCUCUUAGAAGACAACUUAUGGAAGAGUAGGAGCAGGCUCUAGAACUAGUA